AAUUUUCGAAAUGAAUUUGCAUAUUUAAAACCGAUUGAAAACGGGUUAAAUAUACAAACAAAACGAACAAAACCCCCAAACCAAUUGAAAAAUUGACAAACAUGAAUCGAACCCAUGAAUAUUGCCAUUGAAAAAAAUGAAAAUCGAAUGCAAAUCGAUAAAUGCAUUUAGGCCCGUCGGCUUCUGGGGCAAAAUUGUCGGCUCUUUGUGCGUGAUCGCUGGUGUGCUGACAAUCGCACUGCCGGUACCGGUUAUCGUCAGUAAUUUCAAUUACUUCUAUCACCGCGAAACGGAUCAGGAGGAGAUGCAGAGCCAAAAUUUCAACCACGUUACAAGUUGUUCAUAUUUACCUGGUGCACUAGGUCAACAUUUGAAGAAAUCCUCACUCUCCGAGUCGUCAUCGGACAUCAUGGAUUUGGAUGAUGGCAUUGAUGCAACCACGCCAGGUCUGACUGAUCAUACGGGUCGCCACAUGGUGCCCUUUCUGAGGACGCAGCAAUCCUUCGAGAAGCAACAGCUCCAGCUGCAGCUGCAGCUCCAGCAGCAGCAACAGGCGCAGCAAGGACAGCAGCAGAUGGGCCAGAAUGGCCUUAGGAGCACAAAUAGUUUACAGUUAAGGCAUAAUAACGCGAUGGCUGUCAGUAUUGAGACCGACGUCUGACUACUAGUCAAACAAAUGGAAAAUGGACGAAAUUUACGCAGUGAAAUGCUACGUUGGAUGCCAGAAACGUCAUCAAAAGCAGUCUAAUUUAGAAUUUUAUUUAAUAAAUACAAUUAAAAUAAUAAUAAUAAAUAAUAAUGAUACUUAGUAAGCAGCGUAGUUGUAAAUUAAACAGCAAAUGUAAAACACAGCCACACACAGAUACAGAUGCAGACACACCCAGUACACACACACACAGACACACACAAACUCAGUGCCAGUUCACUAAGCUUGAAUUAGAGUAUUCGUAUUCGUAGACACUAUAGAGUCAAACAUGGACUGGCUUUUUAGACGAAUUUUCCUUGUUUUUUUCUUUCUUUUAUUUCUCUUCACACACACACACACACACACACACAACACAGAAACACACUCACUCGAAGAAGAUAAAGAAAAAAAACUCUACUUGAUACCUAUGUUCAAAUUAAGCAACUAAAACUAACAAUCGUUAUAGUCAACAACAAAACAACAAGAACAACAACAAAACAGAAAAAAACAUUUAAAAAACAAAAAAAAAAAACAAAAAAAAAAAACUAAAAAACUAAAUCGAAUUAUCUUAGUAGACUAAUCUAAUUGGAGUUUCUUCCUUUCUUUAGAUGCUAGCAAAACAAAACCAAACCAAACAAAAACAUCCAGACAAAAUCAACAAACAAACAAACAACAAGAAACAAACAUACAAUAUCUACUUAUUUUAUUUUCAACUUUAAAUUAUGCUCUAUUAAUUAAAUAUUAGUCAAAUAUUAGUCAAAUGAAACUUAACUAAAAACUAAAAAAA